UCGAGUUGCGUGCGAUUUGUUGGCGUUUGUUGUGAAAUUUGCUUUACCUGCUUUACGUUUGCCAUUUGCCAGUGGCCAUGGACGAAUCCUCGCGACAGCAGAUGGAUGACUGCUUCCUGCGCAGCCCCAGCGACAUCCGCACCACCAACGUGCCCGCGGUGCCGAAAUCGCAGGCGUCGGACAACAAGUCCCGGAAAACAGAGCUGCACGUCCUCCGGCUGAACGACGAGUCCCGCCAGAUGACCAUGGACACGUUGCGCCAAAUCCACGGGCCGGACUUCCAGCUGGACGACAUCAGCAAGUACAAGGAUCGCGGACGCGGCGGCCACGGCGUUAAGCACUCCUACUGGCAGGAUCGCGGCACCCUGAUGGUGCAGAGCGUCCAAGGAGUGAGCUCCUCCCGUGGCGACGAUAGCGAUGGGGACCGCCUGCGCCGCUAUGCCCUGGCCAAGCUGGAGAACUACGGCUUCCAGGCCGUCCACUGUCUGGAGGCCUAUGAACACUGCUCCGGCGACACGGAGGCCGCCCUACUGCUGCUCUACCGCCGCUACAUGAGGAUCCCGGAGGAGGAACAGCUGACGCUCGAACCGCCCAGCGAGCAGGAACUGCUGGACAUGCGCGCGGAUGAGAAGGAAGCCCUGGAGUCGAUCUACGACCAGGCGUACGAGGAGCGAGAGGCGAACCGGGUGUGGAACCUUAAGUUCCGCAUCGACCACCUGCUGGCCCACAGUCCCUCGGAGGUGCGAAAGGCCAGGGAGGCAGUCCUGGCCGCUGCUGCCGCGGCUGUCCAGGCGGCGCUGGACAAGAAGAAGAAGGCCCCGCAGCGGUGUCGCAACUUCGACCGCGACGGCACCUGCAAGUUCGGCCCCAAGUGCCGGUUCGCUCACCUGCAUGCGCUGCCCACGGAAUCGGACACUCCCAAGAAGGAUAGCGUUGACGAGAACGACAACGAGCUCUGGUUCCACGUGGAGGUGCGCUUCCCACCGGGCAGUCGCUAUCCAUAUGAGGCGCCAUUCGUCUACUUGAAAACGACCUGCCACGAUAUCCCGCACGAGCUGCGGCUCCGCUACGCCCGCCACCUGUAUAGAGAAGCCAGAGAGAUCUGCCGCGAUGGCAUUCCCUGUGUGUACAGCAUCUGCGACCUGCUGCAGUCCAAUGAACAGCUGGCCGGUCGACUGGAUACGUCUGCCUUUCCCUCGCCCAAGCGCUCAAUCUUCCACGACGAACCGGAGGGCGGUGGAGCGGACCAGAAUAGUGAGAAUCAGCAGGCACCGAAGCCCUCGCACUACGCCCGCGGACAAACGGCGCGUAACGAAGGGGGCCGCCAGCGGAAUGUGGAGGCGCAGAAUCGGGAGAACCGCCGCCUGCUGCAGCAGUUCGUGGAGCGGCGGAAGGAGGAGCGCUACCAGAAGGUCAUCGAUGGCCGGAAACAGCUGCCCGCUUUCGCGGAAAUUGAACGUAUUCUGGCGCUGAUCGAGAAUUCGCCGGUGGUGGUGAUAUCCGGUGAAACGGGCUGCGGCAAGAGCACCCAAGUGCCACAGUUCAUCCUGGACAACUGGUUUUUCCGGGCCCUCCAACUGCCUGCGAAGGAGAACCUGCCCCACGUUGAGAUCAUUUGCACGCAACCGCGACGUCUCUCGGCCAUCGGAGUGGCGGAACGAGUGGCUGCCGAGCGUCUGGAUCGCAUUGGUCAGCUGGUGGGCUACCAGAUCCGGCUGGAGAACAAGGUGUCGCAAAGCACGCGCCUAAGCUUCUGCACUACGGGCAUCCUGCUGCGCCGACUGGCCUCCGAUCCCCUGUUGGAAGGCGUCACCCAUGUUAUCGUCGACGAAGUGCACGAGCGCUCCGAGGAAUCCGACUUCCUACUGCUUAUCCUGAAGAAUUUGCUGCGAGAACGCAAAGAUCUCAAAGUUAUUCUCAUGUCGGCCACUCUCAAUGCCACCCUGUUUUCGGAUUACUUUGGCGGAGCACCCGUGCUGGAUAUUCCUGGUCGCACCUUCCCCGUACAGCAGCUCUUCCUGGAGGAUAUCCUGGAGAUGAGCGACUUCGUCAUGGAGUACGACACCAAGUACUGCCGCAAGCUUAAGAAGCAUGAGCAGGACGUACUGGAGCGUGAGCUGGAGUACGCCGAUGUGCAGGCCUCGGGGCAGGCGCCAGGAAAGAAGGUCAAGGAUGAAAAGCUAACCCUGGCCGAGACUUAUCAGCGGUACGCGGACUUCAGCAAGCCCACGUGCAAAAGCAUCUACCUGAUGGAGCCCAUGACGAUCAAUCCAGAACUAAUCGAAUCCGUGCUUAAAUAUAUCGUUGAGGGCUCCCACGAGUGGCCCCGCGAAGGAACCAUUCUCAUCUUCCUGCCCGGCUUCGGUGAGAUCCAAACCGUGCACGAUUCCCUGCUGGACCAUGCCCUCUUCUCGCCACGCGCCGGCAAGUUCGUUCUGGUGCCCCUGCACUCUGCCCUUUCUGGUGAGGACCAGGUGCUAGUCUUCAAGAAAGCGCCUCCCGGUAAGCGAAAGAUCGUGCUAAGCACGAACAUAGCCGAAACUUCGGUGACCAUUGACGACUGUGUGUUCGUGGUGGACUGCGGCCUGAUGAAGGAGAAGUGUUUCGACUCGAACCGUAACAUGGAAUCGCUGGACCUAGUCUGGGUGUCCCGUGCCAAUGCCAAGCAGCGCAAGGGUCGUGCCGGUCGUGUAAUGCCGGGAGUGUGCAUCCACCUGUACACCAGUCACCGCUACCACCAGCACAUCCUCGCCCAGCCUGUGCCGGAGAUUCAACGGGUGCCGCUCGAGCAGAUUGUGCUGCGUAUCAAGACGCUACAGACGUUCGCCUCGCGCAACACGCUUUCGGUUCUCCUGGAAACGCUGGAGGCGCCCACGGAGGAUAGUGUUCUUGGUGCCUUGACGCGUUUAAGGGAUGUGGGCGCUCUUGAUGCGGAAGAUCAGCUGACUCCGCUGGGCCAUCAUCUCGCUGCCCUGCCCGUGGACGUGCGCAUCGGCAAGCUGAUGCUAUACGGGGCGAUCUUCCAGUGCCUGGACAGCGUGCUGACCAUCGCCGCCUGCCUGAGCAACAAAUCGCCGUUCGUAAGUCCGCUCAACAAGCGCACGGAGGCGGACAAGUGCAAGCGCAUGUUCGCCCUGGGCAACAGCGAUCACCUCACUGUCCUGAAUGCUUAUCGGAAAUGGCUUGACGUGGCGCGUAGGGGGAACUUUGCUGCCAGCAGGAACUAUGCCAGUGAACACUUUCUGUCUCUGAACACACUCGAGACGAUAGCCGACCUCAAGUACCAGUAUCUAGAGCUACUCGUGUCCAUCGGCUUUGUGCCCAUCAAUGUGCCGCGCAGGCGCAAGAAAGAGUGCGACAAUAUUCUCACCCUGACAGGCGUGGACCAGAAUCACAACGGCGACAACAACCGGCUGUUGACCUCGCUCCUCUGUGCUGCCCUCUACCCAAACAUCGUGAAGAUCAUGACGCCGGAGCGCGUUUAUGUGCAAACGGCUGGCGGGGCAGUGCCGCGCGAGCCGAGUCAUCACGAUCUGCGCUUCAAGACGCGCGGCGAUGGCUACGUGAAGAUUCAUCCUUCGUCAGUCAACUCGCAUGUGGCCGUCUUCCAGGCGCCCUUCCUUGUCUACCAGGAGAAGGUGCGCACCAGCGCCAUCUACAUCCGGGACUGCUCAAUGCUGCCUCUCAUCGCCAUGGUCUUGUUUGCCGGCAGCGACUUUAAGGUGGAGCUGCACGACGGCGACUUCCUUUUCCUGCUGGAGAGCGGCUGGAUCAUUUUGAAGGCCCACGACCUCGAGACCGCCGAGAUGGUCCAGUGCCUGCGGGCGGAGAUGAUCAAGCUGCUGGAGGAGAAGAUUCGCGACCCGUGCCUUAACUUGCUGCACCACAAAAACGGCUGCCGCAUGAUCGCCAACAUCGUUUACCUGAUCAGUAAAAAUAGCUGAGACGCUCCUCAUUUCAAAACUAUCCAAAUCAAAUGUACAUUUUGUGUAAUAGCUCUUGAGCUGAUAUUUAAAAUACCUGUAAUAUACGCCAAACGAGACCAAUAACGAAUCGCCAAAGCGAUGGCUCAAAAGCACACUCCAUAAGGUUUCUUCAACGGGAUAAAGAGUAAUAGAUAUUGGAUAAAGACUCCUAUUUUAGGAUGAUAUUCAUAUUUUACUGCCUCAUUAAAUAAUCAUUUAGAAAUUGCAAUAAUCAAUAAACCAUAUUAGCUUUGAUUUUCCAUCUAGAAAAACACCCAAAUACUCCUUGUAAUAGAUUAUGCAAUAUUAUUUAUAUGUUUCCCUUUCCUUCAGCUUAUAUUGAUUUAUACAUUUUAUUAAAAGAUCGUUAUUUAUUUCCGUAA